CCGGAUCCUGUGGUUUCAUAUAGUACCGGUGUAUGUUCCUCCCAGUGUCAGGAUGCGUCUGUACAAGCUACUGUCUCUCAUCCACAUAACACCUUUAAUUCGGUUAGGGACAUGCAACACUCACAAAUCCAGACAAUGAAACCAUCAGGCUUGCGAAUGCCAUCACCAUCACUAGGAUUUUUUCGUCAGUCGGAUGCUUCUGAGGCACACCGGCUAUCACAGAGAAAUUCAGAGUCUAGUGUUGGAAAGCUCCAAGAAAUUGGUGACAUGAGGUCCCUGAGUGCAUUCGCAGUUCAAAGAGUCACCGGCAACACCCCAACGAUGUAUACCAGGGAUAAUGUUUGCACCGACAUGGAAUGCUCUGUAGCAACAAGUUCUCAACAAGCAAUCAAGUCAUGCUCAGGUUAUGAUGCUGCACUAAACAAACUGAAGACUGCCUGUGAUUCUAAGAAUCCCAAGCUUGUAAGUAACAAAAAUGGAGAUCAUAAUGUCUGUAGUGUUAAUGGAAAAGUAAAUGCCACAGAAUCAUGGAUAAAUGGUCCGGAACUUGUGGAUACUGGAGAUUGUGGACAUGUUUCUGAAGAAGAUCAAAAGAUAAUUGGUUCUAAAGGAUGUAGAAGCUCUAGUACGUCAGAUUUAGAAAUUUAUCAGUCUGUGUUCCAGAAAAACUGUACAACACAUCCCAUGGAUACAUUUAGAGGGGAAACACUGGUGAAUAGUUCAGAUGUGGUAAAUAUGCCGAGCAACUCUGUGAUCUCAUUUGAAGGUUCCUUUUCUGACUUUGGUUCAGGUAAUAUUCUUAUGUGUGGUGGUGAGAAGACAAUUUCAACUAGUCGUAAAAGUGAUAUGCAAGAAGUUUAUUGCUCACCCGAGGAGCAAUCUGAUAAUAACUUGUGUAGUUUUGAUUUUUUGAGCCAUGAAUCUCAAGAUUCUGAAGAUCCUAAUCUUGUAGGUUUAUUAAAUACUAAAGCAGAACCAGAUUACAUGGCUUUCACAGUUGAGGACUUGCACAUUCUUUCUUCAGAAGAAAAUAUCACUUUGGAGGGAAAUGAUAAAUCUGAUUCAGAAGAUUCUGUACUUCACACCUCAAAAGAUGUCCUGUCUGCUCAAAGUCGCAACAGUACCCCUCAUGUGGUUUUAAUGGAAGAUUUUCCAGCAAAACAAAGAGAGAAGUGUUCUGACUGCUUUAACAAGGAGAGUCAGACGGUUAAGCUGAAUGACAGUAAUUUUUUUGAAGACUAUAAAAAAUGUGAUCUAAAUGUUUCUGAGAAUGUAGACCCUUGUAAUGCCAUCUCAGUUGAUAAAUUUGAACAGUCAGAUGUGCCUACACUCAAUUUUGCCUUGACCAGACAAGAUACACGCACUGUAUCUGAAGAAUCAGAAAGAACCCGAUACAUGGGUAGUGCUCAAGAACCAAGUGAUGGGGGUGGAAUUGAAGCUGUAAGAUCAAGUUAUUUCAAUGUAGAGCCAGAUAUGGGAGGAAUUGAUGCUAAAACAGAUUCAUCUGUUGAACCAUUGGGUUUUUUAGGAAAUCCUUCUAUGCCUGUAGAUGCCGAGCUUCUGUCAAACAAAGUGUUACUUUGUGAUACAGAAUUUAAUGGAAAAUCCGCAUCUGUGAAUAUUGACUCAUCUACACAGACAAGCAAAAUGUGUAUUUCAACAGCAUCUACUACUCGCAUGGGCCUGGUUGAAAGUGAUCUGGAGUCAUCAAUGAGCAAUCAUGGAGUUUGCAUGGGCCUGGUUGAAAGUGAUCUGGAGUCAUCAAUGAGCAAUCAUGGAGUUUGCAUGCAAGAUCAGAAUGUUAUGGGAAAUGAAUCUGAAGCAAGAACCUAUAUGACCAUCAAUAGUCAUGCUACUGACUUUUGUGUUGAGUUAGGCGAUGCUAAAUGUGUCACAAGCAAUAAGAAUGAUGUUGUGUCAAAAAAAAGAACUGAGGAUGGUAAGAAGGAAAGUUACCUCAGCUUAAUACCCCCACGAAAUGCAGUUCCAUUUUCAGAUGAAUGGUUUGCUGCUAUUGAAGCAGCUGGAGAGGAUAUUUUAACAAUGAAAGGAGGUGCUGUGCAGAAUUCGCCCCCAGAUAAAUCUCUACCUGAGCCAAGUCCAUGGUCACCGUGUUUGGAUGAUAACAAAAAUCUGAUUUUGGCAAUACUAGAAAAUCAAAACCUUGGAAAGCUCGCGGAGUGUGCACAGUAUCAAGCCAUCCUUCAGAAGAAUCUGAUGUAUUUAGCUGCGAUUGCUGAUGCACAACAACCGCCACAAGGAUCAGUGAGCUCACAACAGCAGCAACCGGAAACCAUGAGCGACCAAGGAGAAAAGACCUGUCCUCUCUGUGCCGAGGAGAUGGACUUGACAGAUCAGCAACUGAAACCAUGCAAGUGUGGUUAUGAGAUAUGUGUUUGGUGCUGGCAUCAUAUUAUGGAUAUGGCAGAGAAGGAUGAGUCGGAAGGCAGGUGCCCAGCAUGUCGCACUCCUUAUAACAAGGAAAAGAUUGUUGGCACAGCUCCCAACCGUGAAAAGAUAGUUGCUGAGAUGAGUUUUGAGAAAAAGAUGAAGUCUCACAAGGGAAAAAGCAAAACAUUGGAGUCGAGGAAGCAACUUUGUAGUGUACGAGUAAUCCAAAGGAAUCUAGUCUACAUUGUGGGAUUACCUCUUAAUUUAGCAGAUGAAGAUAUUUUACAGCACAAGGAAUAUUUUGGUCAGUAUGGGAAGGUUUUGAAGGUAUCUAUAUCCCGGACAGCUGCGGGUUCCAUUCAACAAUUUCCAAAUAAUACAUGCAGUGUAUAUAUCACAUAUUCAAAGGAGGAUGAAGCAGUUCGUUGUAUUCAAUCUGUACAUGGAUUUUUCUUGGAUGGCAGACCUCUAAAAGCAUGCUAUGGAACAACAAAAUACUGUCAUGCUUGGCUUAGAAAUGCGCCUUGCACCAAUCCUGAUUGUUUGUACUUGCAUGAGAUUGGGUCUGAAGAAGAUAGCUUUAGUAAGGAUGAAAUAGUAUCAGCUUAUACAAGGAAUAGAGUCCAACAAAUUACGGGUGUCUCAAAUACUGCACAAAGGCGAUCAGGGACAAUUUUGCCACCACCAGCUGACAAUUAUUGCAAUAACUUUGCUUCUACUGCAAAACCUAUCAGUAAAACCACCACAAAUAAUUCUGCAACCCCAAUAAUAGUAUCACCUCCGAAUACUAGUUCUGGUAGAUCUGCUGCUCUUCCUGCUGGUGCAUCAUGGGGGACGCGUGCCUUGAAUAAUCAACCACCUCCUGCAAGCUCACCAUAUUCAAAUGGACCUAAACCUGAAAUGUCCAACAGUUCGUCGUCAUUCUCUGCAGCGGUUGCAAGUACUGGUCAGAGUUCAUUGCAUGCUGCUGACAGAGAUAAGCAGCUCGCUCAUGUUGAUCAAAGCAGCAAUAAUAAAAAACGGAGCAAAGUAGGAACUCCAAAACCUCCCAUGCUGCAGCAUGUAGAAGUAGAUGAUCAAGUCUGUGUUACAAAGACGACCCUACCCUCACCAGUUCCACCCCUACACAGUCACAAUGCUGCCAGGGAAAAGGAUAGGCAUACACCUAGAUGUUCUGUUGAUUGUGAAUCAGUGUCACAUAGACCUGAUACGGAAAAAAAUGCACCACAAGCUCCAGGUCAUAAUAGACCUGAUACUUCAAAAAAUAUAGCUGAAGCUCCGGUUCAAAAUAGACCUGAUUCUGCAAAAAACAUAGCUGAAGCUCCGGGUCAGGAAAUUGAUAAGUUACAAGCGAACAUAUCAUCAUUAAGCAUUGAUAGACAUAAAUCUUCUCCAUUGCUCAGCUAUGCCCAUUCUAGGGAUCCUUUAGCAUCUGAGGGUAAAGCCACAAUACAUGCUGAUGAGAGUUGCACAGAAAAUGACAAGUCGGACUCAAGAGUUGAUUUGAAAAUGCAGGUUGUUGUUACUCAUGAAGGUGGUGAUGGUAUUCCCGACAGUGGCCACAUCCAAAAUCCAUCACUACCUUUACAUUCUUCAACUUGUUCUCCUUUUCUCAGCAACAGUAUUGGGUCUGUUGAUACCGAUAUGCAUAUUGUAGAUAGGAAAUGUGAUUCAUUAUUACAGCCUUCAAGUUCAGACAAGUUACGUAAUCGAUAUAGUGAGGACGUAGUUAACAAUUCUGCUGAUUUUGGAAACCCCAACAAAGGUUCCAGUUCAUUGUCACCCGCAGAUCAGAGGAAGUUUGCGAACACUUCUGAAGGCGUAACCACAACUGCUGACAUGGGAGAGAGUAGCAUAAUUUCAAAUAUCUUGUCACUGGAUUUUGAUCCAUGGGAUGCACCUUUAACUUCACCUCAGAAUCUGGCCAAGUUGUUGGGGGAUUCUGAUAAACAACAGCCCAGUCUUAUUCUAUCAAAUUCAUUAAAGUUACACACGAGUAAUGAGUCAAGGUUCUCUUUUGCCAGGGAGGAGAGAUCUAUAAAACAAGCAUCAGAGCUUGAACCAUCUUUAGGUCAUAUGCAACAGUCUUUUCAUCAUCCUUUAAACCAAGACUUGUCCAGUACCCGAAGCUUUCAAGAUAACCCUGGUCUUCAAAGUGGUUUCUCUCUUAUCCACAAUGAGGAUAAUGGAUCUGUCAGCAGUUAUCCUACCUUUUUAUCUAACAAUAUGUCAGCAUCAAGACCUCAGAUGUCUGCCCCACCUGGAUUUUCAGCACCUAACAGAGCACCCCCUCCAGGGUUUUCUUCUCAUGAAAGAGUGGAGCAUAAUUUUAGUUCUGUCUCGGGGAAUCAAUUGCUGGAUUCUGCAGUGUUACAGAAUCAGUAUCAGAAUCCACCUGGAAAUAUGGUGGUGGAUAAUGAUGGUAUUGAGUUGAUGGAUCCUGCAAUUUUGGCAGUUGUUACAGAGAAGGUUCCUAUUCCUAGUGGUCUUAAUUCCUCAAUAGGAUUACUUUUGGGUCAAAAUUUUCAUACUCAGCAAAUGAAUACUUUUGAAAAUGAGCUGAGGCUUCAGUUAUUAAUGCAACGUUCUCUACCUCCAACACAUCAGAACCAGAGGAUAGGGGAAGGGCCGGGUAACUUUUUGCCCUUUCAUGAAGCUUAUGGUAUUCCUCAAAGAGGAGCUGGCGGGGAACAAGUAAUGUCUGGCAAUAUUUCUCCGUUCUCACAAUUCAGUAAUCCACAAUCUAGAGCCCCUGUUAUUUCAAAUGUCCAUUGGGAUGUGUGGAAUGGGGUCAAUAAUGGUAAUGAUUUGGGCAUGGCUGAGCUUUUUCGCACAGAAAGGAUGGGGCUUAACAAUGUCUGCCCUGGGGGAUAUGAAGAUGCCAAGUUCUGUGCCCCUGGUUCUGGAAAUUUCUAUAAUAGACCGUUUGGUAUCUAAGUGCUUGCUCGCUACGAGGUUCUUCUGGCAUUUAUAAAAAAUGUGUAACAAACGAGUGAAAUGUCUUUUCUGACCCUGACGGAUAAAAUGGCAUAGACAGCUCUCUGAGUGUGCUGCAGUACACAGAAUAACCGAAUCUGCUGCAUUUGUGACUUGUAUGGCAGAAUUGCACCCACAAUGAUGGGAAUGCUCUUUGACUACUGUCUGAGCUACUUUCAGAUUUGGUGUAAGGAUCCAUCCCUUUCUCCAGGUUUGGUCAGAAACCAAGAGGUCAGUACAUAUUCCACCUAGCAAUGUUCAAAUGUUCAGCCCUGCUUUAUUUUUAAGGCCCUCUAAACAAAGUCGGCACAUUUGAACAUUAAUCGAGGGGUUCCUUUUAGGCACACAUGAUCAAAUUCCCCCAACACUAAAUUCUGAGGAUCAGAAUUACACCGAUGUGUCUAAAAAUAAAAUUGUACAAUCCGAAGCUGCAUAAUAGUACCUCUUACAAUGAAUGCUUGUCAGGUGAAAGAAGCUGAGAUUCAGGCUCAUGACAAAGUUUGACUUGGAAAUAUGGCUCGGUCCUGUGGGGGGCAACAUGCGAUUUUCAGUUUGGGUGUGAUCUUUGAUCAGGGCGGAGAGCAAAGAGAUAGAGAGAGAGCCACACCAGGUUUUAUCAAUAUAUCUGUCUUUUGCUCAUCUGUAUGGUAAGUACAUGAUUACUUGGAAAGACCUGAAUAAAAAAUUGAAAAUUAUGUUUUUUUUCAUUUUCCUGCUAUUUCUUUUGCCACAGUAAAAAUAUGUGGAAGAAAUACAUUGUUUUAUAAUUUCAACUUGCCAUCAUUUGAUUCAUCUUGAAAUGCAUUGGAGUAGGUAUUAUUAUUGAAAAUUUUGUUUAUGUACAAAAUACUAUCCGGGUAGUACAUAUUA